AUGAUCCAGCUGCCGAAAUUCCUGCAGCCUGCCGGCCGCCGGCAGCCCCGAUAUUCAAUUCGACCGUUCUACACCUCGUUGAUCGUGCUCUCCGUUCUCGCCACUGCGAGCUGGCUCCUGAGUACUACGGGGGAUGACCAUGUUCAAUUCACGCAGAUGGGGCCCGCCGGAGGCAUCGGCUUAUUCAAGCGAGGAAGCGAACCGGAGUGUCGCUUAGUUCGCAAGGCCCAUGACAAGUGUGCAUACGUCCGCGCGAACUGCCCCGACCACGAGGAUGGGUUGAUUUCAUACCUUCAGUUUUACUACUGUGGACUGGCCGACGCGAAACCGGUAGCGUUCAUAAUCUUGAUCGUCUGGUUGUCGCUACUCUUCAGUACAAUUGGGAUUGCAGCCAGCGAUUUCUUGUGUAUUGAUCUGAGUACGUUGGCCAGCAUACUGGGGAUGAGUGAAAGCCUUACAGGCGUCACUUUUCUUGCCUUUGGCAAUGGAAGUCCAGAUGUUUUCUCUACAUUCGCUGCCAUGCGCUCAAACAGUGGAAGCCUAGCGAUUGGUGAGCUGAUCGGGGCCGCUACUUUCAUCACCUCCGUGGUUGCGGGCUCCAUGGCCUUGGUUCGGCCAUUCAAGGUUGCGCGCAGAAGCUUUGUUAGAGACGUGGGCUUCUUCAUCGUGGCUGUUGUCUUCAGCAUGUUCAUGCUGGCAGAUGGAAAACUCCAUGCGUGGGAAUCAGCUACCAUGGUAGGCUUCUAUGCUUUCUAUGUCAUGACGGUGGUGACCUGGCAUUGGUACCUCGUUCGACGACGCCGAAGGGCUGAAAGAGAUCUCGCGGCUCGGGCUCAUUUCCAUAUUCCCGAAAACCAAGAGUUGGAGAUUGAAGACACAGUCGAGGAGGACGACCCUGGUGUAGCAUCGGAGUCUCGAAGCCUGCUUCGCGGCGCAUCAACUGAAGACUUCGAUCUUCUAGAACGCAUUGAGGCCGCACCUGUUUGGAAAGAAGAAGACGACAACGAGGAUGACGAGACUCGAAACCGAUACCUGGCCGAGAUCCGUGAUAACAUGCACCUUCAUCGGCCCAUGCGAUCGAGACGUAAUACCAUGAACCCUAUCAGACCAAGUCUGGUCGGUGCAUUGGAGUUCCAGUCCGUGCUUCAUUCGCUGCAGAAAUCAAGAAGUUCACACCACAACCCAUCAAUAAGCUUGAACAGCUAUUCUGAUGAUGGCGAGCCUGAGUUCGAUAGACGCUCGAUAGCGUCACAUCCUCGCGCCAGUCGGCCGACUGGUACCAACGACAGACUUUCGCCUUCGAGCGCAGCAGGUUCUUCCCGAGUGCGAGCUGUAUCGGCUAACGAUGCCGAGGGCUUGAAACUAGACGCCAGUGUCUUAGAGCCUCGACCAACCCAAGGCCCCCUUCUUACUGUAAGCAAGCCCUCUUUUGAGGAUACCCCAGGACAAGACGCCAUGCAGGCGCGCCAGCUUCCCCGCCUUGAUACUACCGGUGCCCUGGCUGUGUCUCAAUCACCUUCGGCCCCCCAGUCGCCAAGUGCGAGCCCCGUCGUCGCAAAUCCUCAGACUCCAGAUCGGCUUGCCCCAUCCGACGCUUUUAUAUCCCCCAAUUACCAAUCCCUAGGAGCACAGGAACGUUCACCGAUGUCAGUCUCACCCCGAGGUACUGCAAGCCGUCGGCAUUCUGGAUAUGGCCUGGAAAGCCCCUCGAUUCCUUUCCCAUCAUACACAGAUAUACCCUCCCUCGCAUCCUCGCGAGCACCCAGCAUUCGACUCCCAUUUCCUGCCAGUCCGUUGGAAAGGCUCCACGUCCAGGACGACUAUGAUAGCUUUGCUCAUGUAGGCUCUCCUCUCUGGCAUCUUCUGAGGAACAGGUGGCCUGACUCAAUCCCCUCCCCCAAACAGAUUGGCUGCACACUUUUCCCAACUUUGGCCGGCUGGAAGUCCAAAAGCGUCUGGGAGCGUUUCCUCGGUAUCAUCGCGGCCCCCAGCGUGCUGCUUCUUACUAUAACAGUUCCAGUCAUUGAGCCACAGCCACCGGAGCCCAUGGAAGCGGACCCAAUCCCCGCUGUUGUCAUACAAGACGUCGGUGAUGGACAAAACCCUCCCCCUCUCGUCAGACUUCCAGCCGAUAGCCCAGUGAUUUUGGCUCAUGAAAACGAGACCGGCAGCCAUAUCUCUCCUAACCUGCUACCCGCAGCACACCUUCACCGCAAAUCCUCAUAUGAGCCCACCGGACGUCCCCGCUGGGAUUCCGAACUACCGCCUGUGCCUGUCUCUGAUUCAACAGAUCCCACGGUCUCCAAAGACUGGAAUCGCUGGCUAGUCACAAUUCAACUUUUCACGGGUCCUUUCUUCGCCGUGCUGAUCGCCUGGACAACACUAGAUGAGGACCUCAAUCUUCGGAACCUCAUUCUACCCACCUUGUUCUCCCUCCUCUUCUCAUCCAUCUGCCUUACUUUCCUUAUGAUCAGCACCCGUCGGCAUCAAACCCGCCGAUCAAGUGCGGAGUUCUCCCUGCUUCACGAUCCCCAACCUCACACCCCAUCUCUCCCACCUCAAUGGCGACCCUUCCUCUCCCUUCUCGGCUUCCUCGUCGCAAUCUCAUGGAUCGCCACGAUCGCCACGGAAGUCGUCUCCCUCCUCAAAACCCUAGGCGUCAUUCUAAACAUCUCCGAUUCCUUACUGGGAUUGACCGUGUUCGCAGUCGGCAACUCUCUCGGUGACCUCGUUGCCGACAUCACCGUUGCUCGCCUAGGUUUCCCCGUCAUGGCCCUAAGCGCUUGCUUCGGUGGUCCAAUGCUCAAUAUCUUACUAGGCAUUGGACUGGGUGGUCUUUACAUGACCCUCAACGGCAACCAGCACCAAGAUCAGGCCGUGCAGACCCGAGACUCUGUUGGCGCGGUUCAGGUUCCUUAUGAGAUUGCUAUCUCUAAAGUGCUUGUUAUCAGUGGCGCCACACUUCUAGCUAUUCUUGUGGGUCUAUUGGUUGUUGUUCCAUUAAACAACUGGAAAAUGGACCGCAGGAUUGGUUGGGGUCUUGUUGGCGUGUGGUGUGUCAGUACUCUGGGCAAUGUGAUUGCCGAGGUUGUCACUUGA